GAGCAGGAAGUUCCCAGAGACGACUUUUCUGAUUUGAUUGUGGAUGAGCUACAAGUGGAUAGAACGCCUGAACAACUCAUCCCAAGAAAGACUAGAGCAACCACAUCCAACACUAGACCGAGCAUAGAGGAGGAAGCAUUUAAAACAUCUACACCAAUUUCUGCUGUACCAUCACGACUACGUUCUAUGAGAUUGAACGACAGGACACUCGACAUGAAGAAACCUUUCAAACCGAACUUCCGAGGUUUAACCCAAGCCGUUGAGAACAUACCCUCUCCAGGAUCGACUAGUGGAGACACGAGCAAUGAUUCUUUGACUACUACAAUGGUUGGUCGAAUUUUGAAGGAAGGAGUUAUCAAGACAGCUACCGGUAAACCUCAACGAAACGCCCGUGCUGGUGCCAACUCUCUGAAUACUUCUGCAUCCGCUCAUGAUUUGGGGGCACACUCACCUUCAAAGAAAAGGAGUACCCGAAAGUGUGUAACAAGACAGGGUUCCGCAGCAAAGACAGUGUGUAGUACCAUUGAAAGACCAGAGUUGGACGAAAUGAUGGCAUUACGGGCUCAGAUGACGGAAAAGCUGCAGCAACGGAAUCGAGAAUUUGCUAUCCAACUCGCUGAACGCACUGCAACUGCAAAGGAUUUACCGUCGGAACAGCCAUCUCAAGUAGGCUCGCUUCGUGGUCGCAAACGUGGCCAACCAUCUACAGAUGAUGCUGAACGGCCCUCUAAACGAUCUUCCCAAACUUCAACUGGGAACUCAUCAGAACAAGAGACUCUUCGGCCUUUGAUAGAAUGGCAACCAGCAGUGCCGAGCAAGUUGACUUCCAAUUCUAUUCUUAACUUCGAAGAGCCCUUAAAUGUGACGCGUCCCCCGGUAUCACAAGGAACGAACUUCAGUGAUGAUUUUGGACAAGAGCCGUUAGCGAGAGGAACGAGCGAAGUACAGAAUAGAACAACCGAAAAGCAGCCGGGACCGGCUUCAGACGACUUCGACAGAACUUCGAGUAGAACGGAUAUUCGGCGAACAGCCUCUGGACCAUCUGUGUCUGUCGCACGAGCUCCACCACAAUCUGCAGCCCAGUCCUUUUCGCCGAAUCCACCAAGAACAGUGCAUGAAAUAUCUACGGCUUGCCUAGCAGAAGCUGGAGGGCGUAAUACACCUCAGCUGCCCCAGGGCUCUACUUCUUCCCGAGGCCCAGGUCACUCAAAUAUGCAUGCAACAUCGUCAAGCUUACGUAGGGCUGCCGGUGGUGAUGCUCUAACGGGGGAUGUGGGUGAAGUAGAAACCAGAAAAUCACUCCCAAAUGCUGCUAUUCACGCAAACGAGGAUCGAGCAGGAUCUGGCAAAGCCAAUGGCGACUCUUCAAAGCCAUCAUCGGCACGUAUUUCCGUCAAACAAGAAAGGACCUCUAUUGUGUUCAGCAACACCGUUCGACGAUUCAUAUUCACAUCAGUACUUCCACACGAGGCGGAUUUUGAACUCGGCGAGCCAUCUCGUCUUGCACUUACAAAUUGGUCGGAAAGGGAACAGAAAUUGGCUCAGGCAUGUCGACGGUGGCGACUGAAGUUGGAGAGCAGCAGCAGUUCUUCGACGCGUCGUGGCGCGUUCGAUGGAUGGCGAUGCGUUCUGUAUUGUUCGGAUGACAAAGCAGCCGGUUUAUGUCCAAUGCUAAAAGCGGGUGGAGCCGAAGUUGCCAUUAGGCAUAGGGGUGAAGUAUCCCUAAAUGUCAGAGGAGCAAAUGGCUUGCACCAGUCCGUGUUGCUUUUUCCCAUUUUCUGA